UUUGCAGCAGCCGCCGCCGCGGAGCGGGCCUGGGAUGCCAAGAUGGCGUCGGCGUCGGUUUUUCCUGGCGUGCGGCUCCUGACCAUUGGCGAUGCCAACGGCGAGAUUCAGCGGCACCAGGAGCAGCAGGCACUUCGUCUCGAGGCCCGUACUGGGCCGGACGCGGCUUGCCUCGCCCUUUAUAGCCAAGAUGAUGUUUGUGUGUUCAAGUGUUCUGUAUCAAAAGAGACGGAAUGCAGCCGAGUGGGCAAGCAGUCCUUCAUCAUUACACUGGGAUGUAAUAGUGUCCUUAUACAGUUUGCAACUCCAAGUGAUUUCUGCUCAUUUUAUAAUAUCUUGAAAAACUGCCGGGGCCACAACAUGGAGCAGUCAGUUUUCAGUGAGCGCACAGAAGAAUCAUCUGCAGUGCAAUACUUUCAGUUUUAUGGAUACUUGUCCCAGCAGCAAAAUAUGAUGCAGGAUUACGUCAGAACAGGCACAUACCAGAGAGCAAUCUUACAGAAUCACAGUGACUUUAAAGAUAAGAUUGUAUUAGAUGUUGGCUGUGGUUCUGGCAUCCUAUCAUUUUUUGCAGCACAGGCUGGAGCAAGAAAAAUCUAUGCAGUAGAAGCCAGCACAAUGGCUCAACAUGCAGAGGUUUUAGUGAAGAGUAACAACCUCACUGACCGGAUUGUGGUCAUUCCUGGGAAAGUGGAGGAGGUCUCACUUCCAGAGCAGGUGGACAUCAUUAUCUCUGAGCCAAUGGGUUAUAUGCUUUUCAAUGAACGAAUGCUGGAGAGUUACCUGCAUGCUAAGAAGUAUUUAAAGCCCAGUGGAAAUAUGUUUCCAACAAUUGGGGAUGUCCACCUAGCACCAUUCACAGAUGAGCAGCUCUACAUGGAACAAUUUACAAAAGCUAACUUUUGGUAUCAGCCGUCUUUCCAUGGGGUAGAUUUGUCAGCACUUCGUGGUGCAGCAGUAGAUGAAUAUUUCAGGCAGCCUGUGGUGGACACAUUUGAUAUUAGGAUUCUAAUGGCCAAAUCUGUUAAAUACACAGUGAAUUUCUUAGACGCCAAAGAAGCAGAUUUGCACAGGAUAGAAAUCCCAUUCAAAUUCCAUAUGCUGCAUUCAGGUCUAGUCCAUGGGUUGGCUUUCUGGUUUGAUGUAGCCUUCAUUGGUUCAAUAAUGACUGUUUGGCUUUCGACUGCUCCCACAGAACCUCUUACCCACUGGUACCAAGUUAGGUGUCUCUUUCAGUCUCCACUUUUUGCUAAGGCUGGUGACACCCUCUCAGGGACAUGCCUGCUCAUUGCCAACAAGAGGCAGAGUUAUGACAUCAGUAUUGUUGCUCAAGUGGAUCAGACAGGCUCCAAGUCCAGCAACUUGCUCGAUCUGAAAAACCCGUUUUUCAGGAUCAAGGUCAGUCCUGGAAGUGCUCCCUCAGUUCUGAGGCCAUCCAGGUGGUCUCAAAGAAAUGAGGAAGUGGACUGGAACUCCUCCCUUUUGUACUGGGAUGAACAGGAUGCUCCAUGCAGGUGCAGACUCCAUGUGUGUGAAUACGCUGAUGACCACUUAAAGAACGACAGUUUCAGGUACACAGGGACAACUCCUUCACCCCCACCAGGCUCACACUACACAUCUCCUUCAGAGAAUAUGUGGAACACAGGUGGCGCCUACAACAUGAGCACAGGAAUGGCUGUUGCUGGGAUGCCUACAGCCUAUGAUCUCAGCAGCGUGAUUGCUGGUGGCACCAAUGUUGGCCACAACAACCUUAUUCCUCUAGCAGCCAACACUGGGAUUGUCAAUCAUACCCAUUCCAGGAUGGGAUCCAUCAUGAGCACAGGGAUUGUCCAAGGCUCAUCUAGUGGCCAGAGUGCAGGAACAUCAAGUGCUCACUACCCUGUCAACAGUCAGUUCACCAUGGGAGGUCCAGCUAUUUCCAUGGCAUCUCCCAUGUCCAUCACCACCAACACAAUGCAUUAUGGGAGCUAAAAGACCCUCAGGCCUGAACUGACAGCACCAGGAAACCAAAUGAAGAAAAAAAUGCCUCCCUGCCCAUCUGCCUCCUGCACCUCAACAGUUUGGCAAUCACUUCUCUGGGUUUCUUCUAUCCCUCCCACUAGGCUCACCAGAGAUGUUGUGAUCCUUGUACAAUAGGAAACAACCUCAGUGGUUCUUUGAUAGCAGACUUCUAUACUUUUUUAUGAAAUGUUGGAACCUUCAACAUGCUCAACUAAGACUGAAUUCCUGUGCUCUGUGUCUUACAGCCGAUCAUGUCAUUAAUGGUAUCAUUCUUCAAUCUUCCAUGACUGAUCAGUAUUAGGCACAGACUGUAGAGCAGAACUGCAACAGGGUCUCUAGCAUGCUCUGGGCAGUCCAACAGCAGUAACUUGAGCCUUCGUUCAGUUCCCAGCAUUUUAAGCAAAGGGGCUGCAGCUGGCAGUAGAGUAGGCACAGAUGAAAAUCCAGCAGCACAUCCUUCAUAUCCAUGUUGAUUUCUCAGUCUCUGGGCUAGUGUUUGCUUUGCUAAGACUUAAGAGGUGCCUCCCCUCCUGGGAGGGAAUGGUAAAGCCCAAUACCUCCAGGCUGUUUGGAAAUUGCCAACAUCUUACUGCUGUGGGUCUUGGGCCUUUGGAAGAACAUCUGAGAUGAACUGUUGUGCCACAAGCAUCUUAUCAGCAGGUCUGAUGAUUGCCUGUCUCUCAAAAAUAUUGAUGUAACAUCAAGGGGUUAAAAAAAUUUAAAACAUGAAUGUACCAAAAAUGGUUGCUGGCUGAAAGUGAACAAUUUGUGUAUCAGUUUCCUGUUGCUCAUCUUGAUGGCUGUGUCCUAUUCUGGCCUCAUUUUCUACUCUGUUCUCUACACUGUUGCAACUAUUGUUUCUAGUCCCUCUUUCUUUACUUGGGCAGGCAGUGGGUAUAGGGUGCCAAGUGGCUUAGUAUGUAGACUUGCCUGUUCCCUGUAGUAGCCACCAGGGACUCUAGAUGGUUCUGGCCUCUCUUAUGAAAGCCCUUUGUAGUAUUUGUAUGUGUAACUGUAACCAUUUAUGGUAUUUUUCUUUCUUUUUUUCCUUUUGAAGAGCCAUUAGCUGGCUUUUUUAAAAGGACUUGGCAGGGACCCAUUUUAUGGAGGAAAAAAGUGUGUUUUACUUAGGCAGUUUCCUGUGGCUCCCAACAUGGACUUACUGGGCUGAAUUUGGGGGAAGGAGGGGAGGGACUUGUGGGGAAGCUCCAUAGUGGAUGAAUUGUAGGGUCUACACAGCCAAUUGUUAGGUCUGGCUAAUCAAUGACUUUGUGACUGUUGAAUAAAACUGGGAGGGUUUUGAAGA